AUGGUCUUUAGUUCGUCAAUUUGUUGCCUCUUCCUAUACAUUUUUAUAGUUGUCUCUUUUAUUUCUCCUAUUAAUUCUUUAAAAAUACAAAAACAAGAAUCAUUCAAUCGAACUUUUCGAAUAGAGCAAGAACUUCAAAAAUUAAAGAAGACAAUAGCUACACGUCUUCGACAAAUCAACAAACCUGCAGUCAAGACAAUUCAGAUUCCUAAUGGUGAUAUCAUAGAUUGUGUUUUGACUCAUAAACAACUAGCUUUUGAUCAUCCAUUAUUGAAAGGACAAAAACCAAUGCAUCAUCCAGUAAAUCUCACAGAGCAGAAUCAAAUUGGCAAUAUGAGUGACUUUCAAUUGUGGAGCUUGUCUGGUGAAUCAUGUCCUGAAGGUACAAUUCCGGUUAGAAGAGUAACAGAACAAGACAUGUUAAGAGCUUACUCUAUUGAUAGCUUUGGAAGAAAACCUUCCAAUCAGUACUUUCCCCAUGAAUAUGCAAUUGUAAGAGUGGGCAAUGAGGAGUUCUUUGGAGCUCAAGGUACCUUCAACGUCUGGCGUCCCUAUGUGGAAAGACAGUAUGAAUUCAGCUUGUCUCAAAUGUGGCUUGCCUCUGGUACAUAUGGAAAAGAUCUCAACUCCAUUGAAGCUGGUUGGCAUGUCUACCCGCGAUUCUACGGUGAUGAUCGCCCUAGAUUUUUUAUUAUGUGGACGGCUGAUGCAUAUAAAAGCACCGGGUGCUACAAUUUAGGGUGUCCAGGGUUUGUUCAAACAAACCAAAAUUUUCUACUUGGUGCUGAAUUUUCAAAUUAUUCUACAUAUAAAGGAAAACAAUAUCAUAUUACCUUAAAGAUAUUGAAGGAUAAAAACACUGGAAAUUGGUUGCUUCAAUAUGGAGGAAAUACAGUUGGGUACUGGCCAGCUCCCUUGUUCACACACUUGAAGUAUGUUGCAGAUGAAGUUCAUUUUGGUGGAGAAAUAGUGAAUUUAAAAACAACAGGGUCUCAUACUUACACUGUAAUGGGUAGUGGACACUUUGCUGAAGAGGGGUUUGGAAAAGCUGCAUAUAUUAGAAAUCUGCAUGUUAUAGAUUCUGAUAACAACUUGACUCCGUUGGAAAAUCCCACAUAUGAAGCGACAAAUAAAAAUUGUUAUAAUAUACAAGGAAACACUAGUGGAAAUCCAGUGUGGGGGGAUUAUAUUUAUUUUGGUGGACCGGGCAAGAGUGACAAAUGUCCCUAA